CGGCGGCGGUAGCGGCGGCGGCGGCGGCUGCGGAAGCUCAAGCAGCAGCUGAGGCGGCGGCAGGCUCAGGUGCAGCCGCUGAGUGAAGACAUAGUCCAGAGAGGGAAGUUAUAAAGCUACAGAUGUUUGGGGUGGAUGUAUAAAAUCUGUCCACACGUCAUCAUUCUUCCUGGUUAUGUCAGUCAAGGAAGCUAAAGCUGUGUGUAUUUGUGGAUCAGACAAGUGCAGCAAGUUAAUAUCAUUGGCUUCUGAAGGGGAGAGUGAGGUGAUGGCUGCGUUUAAGUUGGAUUUCCUUCCAGAAAUGAUGGUGGAUCAUUGCUCUUUGAAUUCCAGUCCUGUCUCAAAGAAAAUGAACGGCACCCUGGACCACCCAGACCAACCGGAUCUUGAUGCUAUUAAGAUGUUUGUGGGCCAGGUUCCGAGGACCUGGUCUGAGAAGGACUUGAGGGAACUCUUUGAGCAGUAUGGUGCUGUCUAUGAAAUCAAUGUUCUAAGGGAUAGGAGCCAAAACCCUCCUCAGAGCAAAGGGUGCUGUUUUGUUACAUUUUACACCCGCAAAGCUGCAUUAGAAGCUCAGAAUGCUCUUCACAACAUGAAGGUCCUCCCAGGGAUGCAUCAUCCUAUACAGAUGAAACCUGCUGACAGUGAAAAGAACAAUGCAGUGGAAGACAGGAAGCUGUUUAUUGGCAUGAUUUCCAAGAAGUGCACUGAAAAUGACAUUCGAGUCAUGUUCUCUUCAUUUGGACAGAUUGAAGAGUGCCGGAUAUUGCGGGGACCUGAUGGCCUGAGCCGAGGUUGUGCAUUUGUGACUUUUACAACAAGAGCCAUGGCACAGACGGCUAUCAAGGCAAUGCACCAAGCACAAACCAUGGAGGGUUGCUCAUCCCCCAUGGUGGUAAAAUUUGCUGAUACGCAGAAGGACAAAGAACAGAAGAGAAUGGCCCAGCAGCUCCAGCAGCAGAUGCAGCAAAUCAGUGCAGCAUCUGUAUGGGGAAACCUGGCUGGUCUAAAUACUCUUGGACCCCAGUAUUUAGCACUUUAUUUGCAGCUCCUUCAGCAGACUGCCUCCUCUGGGAACCUCAACACCUUGAGCAGCCUCCACCCAAUGGGAGGGUUAAAUGCAAUGCAGUUACAGAAUUUAGCUGCACUAGCUGCAGCAGCUAGUGCAGCUCAGAACACGCCCAGUGGUACCAGUGCCCUCACUACAUCCAGCAGUCCCCUCAGCGUCCUCACCAGUUCAGCAGGGUCUUCACCUAGCUCCAGCAGCAGUAACUCUGUGAAUCCCAUAGCCUCACUUGGAGCCCUGCAGACAUUAGCUGGAGCAACAGCUGGUCUCAACGUUGGCUCUUUGGCAGGGAUGGCUGCUUUAAAUGGUGGCCUGGGCAGCACUGGCCUUUCUAAUGGAACUGGGAGCACCAUGGAGGCCCUCACCCAGGCCUACUCGGGUAUCCAGCAAUAUGCUGCCGCCGCACUCCCCACUCUGUACAACCAGAAUUUGUUGACACAGCAGAGUAUUGGUGCUGCUGGAAGCCAGAAGGAAGGUCCAGAGGGAGCCAACCUGUUCAUAUACCACCUGCCCCAGGAGUUUGGAGAUCAGGACCUACUGCAGAUGUUUAUGCCCUUUGGGAAUGUUGUAUCUGCCAAAGUUUUUAUAGACAAGCAGACAAACCUGAGCAAGUGUUUUGGUUUUGUAAGUUAUGACAAUCCGGUUUCGGCUCAAGCUGCCAUCCAGUCCAUGAAUGGCUUCCAGAUUGGCAUGAAGCGGCUUAAAGUGCAGCUCAAGCGUUCAAAGAAUGACAGCAAGCCCUACUGAGCGUGCUCCCCUCUGAGACUGGAGUUGAGAGGGUCUUCUGAUUCCUGCCGUUUGUUCAUCGUUGUGCCUAAAGCAUGUCGAUGUGGCGUCAAGUACAUCGUCCAAAUCCCUGUCUCUUCAGCUUCUCUGAUGCUUGAACUCUCACCUUUGACCUUGUGUUGACCUUUGAUGCUGACGUGUAUUUUUAUUAUGUUUGUUUCUUUCUUUGUUCUUUUUUUCUUUCCUUUUUAUUUUUUCCCUUUUGUGCUGCCAAAAUUGGUUUUGCUAGAACGACUGCUGAAGGGGAAAUAUUUAAACUUGCAUUUGAAUAUAAAAAAAUCUAUUUUUCUAGAACUUCAUAAGAUAACCACUUGAUUUUGUGAUUCCAAUUCUUUGUAAUUGUCUUCAGAGCAGCCCUACUAGCACAUACCGUGUGGUGUUUGUAUUUCUGUGAACACACAGCCAGUCCGUUUCUAGGCUUUGUUUCUCUGUGUGCUUAGUUUUAAAGACAACUUUGAAGUAAACAAUGAAAUAAAAGAUGUCACUAAAACCUUUUGAGGCUCCUGAGCACAUUUUGCUGAUUCAUUUGUGAGACUUAAGGAGACCUCAUGUAUUCUUUUUUUUUUUCUUUUCUCCCCUCCUCCCUGAGUUCUGACUGCAGAAAACAGCUGAACCCCCUUCUUUUUUGACUGAAGGCUGCAGUUUGGGCCCCAGCCAGCCCUUUUUCUUCUGUGGCUCUUCCCUGGAAUAACCAGCAGGGAACCUGCCUGUCCCUUCCCCUCCGCCCCACCUGGCUCCUUCUAUGCUUGUUCCUCUAGUCUCCACAGCAGAAUGUGAUGCUUUGAGGGUUUGUUUUUUUACUUUUUGUAUUGUUUUUGUGUUUUUCUUUUGAAUUUUUUUCUUUUCCUACUAAGAUUAUGCCCAGAAAAAAACAAGUUUUGCAUGUUUCCUGCUGUUUCUUCACACCUUCGUAUAUAUCACCUUCACCUCUCUGUUUUCUAUAGUUUGUGCAAAAACUGACCGAUUUAAAAGGGUUUCAAAGAAGCUGUUUUAAAUUGUUGUGGGGUUGAUUUUUUUUUUCAAGAUUGUAUUGUUUUAUUUUGAAGUGGCAACUUUCUCCUUUACUGCCCUUAGAGCGUUUGCCUGUGCACUUAGACUGUCCCCUCUUGCAGCCUCCAUGUCUCAGGGAGGCCGGGAGGCUGGCCACCCUGCUCUUAGGGUCAGAGGGGGCUAGAGAGGUACAAGGAGUAUAGCUAGAAUGCUAAGGUGGCUGUGGUUGAGCAGGAGGCUUGGGGUAUUAGGGAAAGCACCCAGAGGAGGGAGGGUGCUCCUACUGCUAGAGGGGCCACCUGCACAUGAAGCAGCAGUACAUUUGCCAGCGCUUUUCCUAGGUGACAAGCACAAUACUACAGUCUUCACACUGUUUACAGCCCUGGGUACCAACCACCCCACGCUGGCUCUUCACCACAGGCUCUGCUGUUGCUUAGCUAGUGGGGUGAAGUAAGGGUGGGAAAUUUGUUUUUUAAAUUGAGUAAAGAGUCAAAUAGCUACUGACCCUGGGUGCCAGGCCAGCUAGUUCUUUGGUUUCCUGAGGAAAACUUAAUCCUCUUCUUGUAGCACCAUCCAGCCUCAGGGUUUUGGAACUUGAGGAAGAAUGUGAGUGGAAAGGGAAAGGCCAGAGAGAGUAGACAGGGAUGGGUCUGUGGAGGGAAGAGGAAGCAGGGGAGGAGUUUGUGACAGAUCCUACCCGGAAUUCCACACUUACAGGAGGGAGAGCUGGGAAAAGCAGGAUUCUCCAGGGAAGGGUGGUAAGGUGCAGCUAGUGACUUGAAAGUGGGGUGGAGGUAGAAGCACUGUCUAGCAUGGUCCAUGCUGGGGUUGACAGAGGAAGGACUCUCAGCAGAGCUCCUGCUCUGUGACCCAGCAGGCUGCUCAGUAUUGUGCUUGAGACCACUCUUACUAGGAGAAAAUGGCAGUCAAGUGGAGGCCCAGUAAGUGUGUGGUAGGUUGCUUGAUUCCUGGAAGGGUGAUUGGAUGGAAAGAGGCCAGAAGCCCCAGCCUGAGAGACGGCUGUGCCCCACAGUCUGACUGCACAGAGCCGCCUCUGUUGGCAGGAGGCGCUGAGGCUCCUGUGUAUUGAGAAGCCUUGUUUGCCAAUAUAUUUUGCUUUCAAUUCCAAGAGAAGCUCUGGGAAAACCUGUGGAUAAAACCAAAUGCCAAACGUUGGACGUUGUUUCUUUUUCCUUUUCUCUCUGAUUGUUUUAAUUGUUCUGUGGUGGUUUUAAUGGAUUUGAGACCCUGGAGCGGCAGCUGCCUUUCUGAUUUCCAGCUGCUUUUUGUGAAUAAUUUAAAAAGAAAAAAAAAAAGAAACUUUACAUUUUGGAGACAAACCUGUGUGAGUUUUUUAUUGGUACAAACGUUGUAUUUAACACUAGGGGUUUUGUACAGUUUUUUGCCUUUUCUACUAGAAAACAAUGUAAAGUGAUUUCACAAUGUGAAGAGAAAAAAAAUUGCCACUAUGACCAAACGCACAGUCUGUUCUGCAGCAACAACGGGAUUUAAUCAACUCAAAGUCGUGAUUCAGCCGUAGAAUGCUUUUCCUUGACCUUGUUUGAGCUUUCCUUUCUUUCCUGUUUUGAUUUGCAAAAGAAAAUGUCUUUUUGUGUGAACUUGUGUUGUACUCUGUAGAAAAUUAUGGAUUUUGCUUUAAUGGUUUUUUAAAAAGGCAAGAAGAGCCCCUGCUGCUUUUCUUACCUAAUCACAGAGUUUGUGUAGUGGAUUAAAAAAAAAAAAGAAAAAAAAGUUGUUACAAGUUUGGAGCAAAGGAGUAUGUGUUUCAAAGGAUUCUCCUUCCUUUUUUUGUGUGUUUUUCCUUUGUCCCAAUGGGGAACCUAAAUCUGUUUUAAUUGCACAGACACACGGACAAAAAGUCAUUUUGUAUCUGCCAAGUGUGGUACCUUCCUUUGUUUAUUUGCUAUUAAACUGUUUGAGAAGAA